GCUGUAAUAAAACAGAUUCUUUUCCCGGAAAAGCGUAAAUUUCCUCAGAGAGAGAAAGGUAGUGUGCGUUUAGGGUUCUGAAGAAGAUGAUCGGAGUGGGGAAAAUGAAGCAGUACUCUAAUGUCCUUGACAAGCCACUCAGCAAAGGCAAACAAGAGGUGAGCUUGAGCGCGUUUGCUUUCUUAUUCUCGGAGCUGGUUCAGUACAAUCAAACCCAGGUUGACAACAUUGCUGAGCUUGAAAGAAGACUAGAGGAUGCUGGUUAUGCUGUUGGAUCUCGAGUUUUGGAGCUUCUUUGCAACCGAGAGAAGGGAAACAGAAGAGAGACAAGGUUACUAGGGAUCCUGUCUUUCGUCCACAGCACCGUGUGGAAGGUGUUGUUUGGAAAGGUUGCUGAUUCACUUGAAAAAGGAACAGAACAUGAAGAUGAGUACAUGAUCAGUGAAAAAGAGCUUCUCGUCAACAGGUUCAUUUCGAUUCCAAAAGACAUGGGAACAUUCAACUGCGGAGCGUUUGUGGCCGGCAUAGUGAAGGGAGUUCUGGAUAACGCAGGGUUUCCUGCUGUGGUAACGGCUCAUUUCGUACCCAUUGAAGGACAACAACGUCCUCGGACUACCAUUUUGAUCAAGUUUGCUGAUGAGGUGCUUAAAAGAGAGGCACGGCUCAGCCAGUGAGAGCACCUUCGUCGAGUUGCCACGCACGAUCUGUUGGCUUUAUAUGUUAACUGCUAGUGCAAGUCUUGUCUGUAUGGUUUGGCUUUAACUUAUACUGUUAACGUUUUGAAUUGAGCUGCAAAGCCAUUGUCCGUUGAUUGAUGUAAACUACAUACAUACCCUCUUGUUUACAAUUCUAGCUGGUGAUAGAACAGUUUCCUAGUU